UCUUCCUUGUUUGUAAAUGAACAGACCACAGAAUUAAAAACAGCAGACAGGCGAUCUCCACCGACAGCAAUAAACCGUUUGAAGUUGCUUUUUAGGACAAACGUAAAGAGACAUGACAGCCAAACGUGGCCUCAUCACAGAUACAUUCAAGGUACUAAAGAAAGCAAAAAGAAGUGACAGAAGAGAUAAGAAACCUCCAUCACCUCCAGCUGCAGAUGUAGAACCUCCUCAGACCAGUGAGAGAGAGAAUGAUCUACAGGAGCUGAAGAAGUUUGACUUGGACUGGCAGUUCGGCCCAUGCACAGGGAUCAGUCGCUUGCAGAGGUGGGAGAGGGCAGCUCUGCAUGGCCUUAACCCACCCCAGGAGAUUAAAGACGUACUGCUGAAGGAGAGUACAGACACAGAGUACACAUACAGUCUCUGGAGUGACUACCCAUUAUGAAGAAAGAUGGGUAAACAAAAUGGGACACCAGUGAGAAGAACUGAUUAUCAUGCAUAUUGUGGUUGUUCAUAAGUGAAUGUUCCUGUUUCUUUUUAUUUUGCUUUGUUUUUUGUAAGUGCUUGCUAAUUUUUACACUACACUUUUAUAAAGCUGGGUUUUAUUAAAGACAGCUUUUUCUUAA